AUGGGCCUUUUUCCAGACUCCGUCACCGACCAGUACUUGGAUGUGUUUAUGGCCAUUGCGGACGGCUUCUUGAGGGAAGUCGACCCGGCCACCAUUAGGGAAUAUGUUGAUAGGGAUUUCCCUCAGGAUAGGAUUGACGAGUAUACUGCCAGCGUGGGGCGGCCCAGUAAAAUGCCUGGGUUCCGUGAAUUCAUCAGAGACCUGAUUAUGAAUAACACCUCGGAGAGUAUCAAGCUUUUUGGCCUUUUGAUGCUUGCUUUGGACUCGAGGGUGUUGGCUCCAGCGCUUACGGGCUCUUUGACGUUGGUGAGAGAUAUGUCUGACGAGCAGAUGGAAGCCAUGCUUCGCUCGUGGCGUGAUUCGCCUAUUCAGGUGAAGCAGAGACUCUUCCGUCUUAUGUUCAACUUGACCAUUUCCACCUACCAGCGUAUUGCUCCUAAGAUCCAUAAGGAUGCCAUGGGAUGCCCUGAGUCCGAUGUUCGUGAAGAGUUGUACGCGGGCUACAAACCUGACGAGUUCCGUUACACCAUGAUGGAUGUUCCAGCUUCCGAUAAUGUUGAGCUUUAUUUGCCAAACAUUGACGCUGUGAUUAUCGGUUCCGGUUCCGGAGCCGGUGUUACGGCUCACACCUUGGCCGAGGCUGGCAUGAAGGUGCUUGUCAUUGAAAAGGGUAAGUACUUCCACCGCUCCGAGUUGGACUUUGACGAGGUGACUGCCUGGAACUCGCUUUACGAAGGCCGUGGCCAAAUUCCAACCACAAACUCUCAAACAAUGGUUUUGGCUGGUGCUACCUUUGGUGGUGGUUCUACCGUCAACUGGUCCGCCUGUUUGAAGACUCCUUUCAAGGUCAGAAAGGAAUGGUACGACGACUUUGGUGUUGACUGGUUUGCCACCGAAGCUUACGACAAUGACAUGGAGUACGUGCUCAAACAAAUGGGUGCUUCCACCGACCACAUCACUCACUCUUUCUCCAACCAGACUCUUAUGGACGGUUGCGAGAAGCUCGGUUACCCAGUCAAGGCUGUUCCUCAAAACAACGGUUCCCACACCAACCAUUCUUGUGGUAUGUGCCACUUGGGUUGUAAAUGGGGUGUCAAGCAGGGCUCCUUGGUGAACUGGUUCCGUUCUGCCGCUGACCGUGGCGCUCAAUUCAUGGACCAGGUUCUCGUGGACCGUUUGGUGCGUAACAAGGCCGGCAUCACUACCCACAUUGAGUGUGUCGACAUGAAAACAGGUAACAAAUUCACCAUCAAGGGUCCAAGAAGAUUCAUUAUUGCUGCUGGUUCUUUGCAAUCUCCAGUCCUUCUCCAAAAGUCUGGUUUCCGCAACAAGCACAUUGGUAAGAACCUUAAGUUGCACCCAAUUUCCGCCUUGACUGGUGUCUUUGACAAAAAGACUGACCCUCACUACAACUCCAUCAUGACAAGUGUAUGUACUAAGGUUGACGAUCUCGAUGGUAAGGCUCACGGUGCCAAGAUCGAGACUCUUUUGCAUACUCCUGUGCUUGAAGGUAUCUUCAUUCCUUGGGAAUCCUCCAACCAAAUGCGCCAGGAUCUUUUGAAGUACCAGGGCGCUGCCUGCUUCAUCUUGUUGACCAGAGACACUUCCUCUGGAACAGUUACUUUCGACAAGAACAGACCAGACAAGUUGGUGAUUGAUUACGACGUCAACAAGUACGACCGUAACGCCAUCUUGCAGGCCAUGCUCGUGACUGCCGACGUGAUUUACAUUGAAGGCGGUAAGGAAAUUAUCCAUCCAUCUUACCAGGUUGAGAGGUUUGUCAGCCACAAGCCAAAGGAGCAGCGCUCCAUCCACGAUGCUGACUACCAGGCAUGGCGUAAGAAGGUUGCCGACACCCCAUUGUCUGCCUACGGUACCGCCUACGGUUCUGCCCAUCAAAUGUCUACCUGUCGUAUGACUGGUAAGGGCUCGAGAUACGGUGUCUGCGACCAGAGAGGCCGUACUUUUGAGAGUGACAAUGUCUACAUCACUGACGCUAGUGUUUUGCCAACCGCCUCUGGUGCCAACCCUAUGGUUUCCACCAUGGCAUGUGCCAGACACAUUUCUUCCGGCAUUGUUGACGAGUUCAAGCCAUCUGCUAAGUUGUAG